AUGGCCACUGAUGACAAAUACGAUAGACAGAUACGGCUGUGGGGAGGGCAUGGACAGAGGGCGUUGAUGGACUCCAAAAUCCUGGCGCUAGGGUCGACAUCGGUGGUGUCCGAGACGUUGAAGAACCUAGUGCUACCGGGAGUCGGCAACUUCACCGUAGUAGACGACCUCACUGUGUCCGAACGAGACCUCGGGCAGAACUUCUUCGUCCGGAGGGAGGAUCUGGGCAUACCCCGAGCAGUAGCAGUAUGCAACCUCUUGCUCGAGCUCAAUCCUGAUGUCUAUGGCCAUGCUAUUGUGGAGGUACUCCCCUUCCAGCUCGUCAGUUUGCAUACGUCCUUCAGAACAUCCGAACCUACGUAUCACAGCGCCUGCUCAGCCUUCCUCCUGGUGUUGUGCCCCCCUUCAAUUUGGUAUUGUGGAAUCAAGAGAUGGUAUUUUACGCUUUUUCUAUCAGAUUUGUCGGUAGUGUACGUACAUAUUCAGCGAGUCACUGCAUCGUUGAGUCCAAAGGGACACGGAAGGUGG